AUCUCAAAUCGUAUACUCAAUUAUUUGUAUGCUUAAUAUUGUUUCGUUUCAGCAUGUUAAGCAGAUUUAUGUUAGGCUGCAAAAGAACUCAAAUAGUAAAUGUAUGAUCCUACAUGUGUCAUUUCAACCCAACAAGUCUGUGGUUUUUAAUCGAUGUAAUUAUUUUACAAUCUAGCGGGCUUAUUUUUUCAGCUCAAAAUGAAUCGCGAAAGCCAUAUUGUUCAGAAGCCUCUGAGACCACCACCUUCUAUGCUAAAGCAAAAAGCCAUGGCUUUCGCAUUACAAAACUCCCAAGGGUCCGACAUGAAGAGUUCUAUACAAUCGUCACCGCCGCCACCGCCACCGCCGAAUAUAACUUACACACAGUCAAGGUCUUUGAAGGAUCCAAGGUUGAACAGACAAGGUGUAGAUAGAACGACCAACCCAUCCAUUCAUGAAGUAAAUAUCCCAGAAACUAGGAAAUCAGACACAGACCAUAUCUUGGAUACAAAUACGUACUUUUAUAAUCAGCCGAGGAAAGAUGAUCUUGGAAGAAACUUUUCUGGAGCUAUAGAUAAUAGAUUACAUUACAAAGAAGAGUUUAGACCUCCAGAUGUUGUAGUUCCUACACCACAGCGCAGAGAUAGACGAGAUAUCUCAGAAAAAGGAGAUUAUCAUAAUCCUGGGUUUCAGUUGGAGGCGUCUAGGUCGGGAUUAUACAGUUGCCAAAGUCAAAUAGGCAAUCAAUCAGUAUGUUAUGGUAAAAAAAAUGUAUCCGAUAAACACAGGGUCAACAAGGAAGACUCAAGAACUGUUAAAAACUACGAUGAUAUUGCAGAUGUCGAAGGAAAGUUCUCAGAUGACGAAGAAAAUUUCCCAUCCUCCUUGUUACCUCCACCUCCUCCUUUCCUUGCACCUGAAACCAUACAAGAAUCUCUAAGACAGUUUUCUGAAUCAAACUUACUAAUCUCUUCACCAGAAUCAGUUUCUCCCAAAAAGUUUCAAUCUUCUGAUUCUCCUAACAAGAAGAUGUCAAAUUCAAGAGAUGUUUUUAAAGAUCGUGACGAAGCGUUUUUACGUUAUUCGGGUUCUGAAAGGCAAAGUUCUCCAGAAGUUCAUUCUUUUUUAUCCGCUAGAUAUAGUCCCUCAAGUACACCUCUUCUAGAAAGUUCCUCUCCACCCCAGUCCUUAGAUUCAUUUCUCCUCUCACCAUCCAUUAAUCAAAAACAAAGUGAACCAAGUUUGAGGGGCAAUGAAGAGGAGUCAUUAGAAAGAUUAAAACCCUUCAAAAGCUACAAGAAUAUGUCAUCCGGAUCUUCAUUUAAUCCUCAAAUCAAUUCUGGAUCAGGAACAACCCCAGCUCCACAACCGAAACCGUUCGAACCCUCAAACCCUCUUCUGGACUUUUUUGGAAUAAAAUUUAAGCCGAUUGAAAGCCUUAGUAUUUGCCCAAGUGAUUUAAAAUCUACAAUAGAAAUUCGCAACGAUAUAUUUGCAAACUCUGGCUCAAAUCUGAUGAGCCGACCCGAAGCCACCCCUUACGUUGUUUACGAUAAUAGGAAUGAAGAUACACUACUUCGCUGUUCAACCAUCCAAAACAAUAUCAAUUCUACAAACAAUGGGGUUAAUGCUGCCGAGUUCGAAAAGAUUCCUGAAGAAUCCCAGCCUCAGAUUUUGUCUGCGCCUCCUCCUGUGAUAAAGCUGGAUUCACCUGAAAUUAAGAUGGAUGAGAAAGGAAUGAUGCGCUGCAACUUUUGCUCAAGCCCUGGUUCUAUCAGAAUUGAGGACAAAUUCGUACACAUGGACUUUCACAAAACCCUUCAGUUUGCUUGUGCUGCCUGUCCGAAGAAUCGUGAAUUUGAAGAUUUUCCUCAAAUAGUUGAACACGUUAACAGCUCUCACAACGUCAUCGAUUCUGAGAUGGUUCUGGAAACUAUAAUAUUACCGACAAAACUUGGGGCUCUUCGAGUUUACAAGUGUGGAGUAACGAACUGUGGCAAAGAGUUUAUUGGACUUCAGGAAACUGAUCUGAAGGAUCACAUGAGCAGGGCUCAUGGUGAUUACUAUAUAAAGGUUGGACGGGGCAAGUAUGUGCUUCGUCUAUGUAGGAUUUGUGGAGAUGAACAAUCCUUCACCUCCCAGGCAGAACUAGAUCUUCAUAUUGAAACUAGUCACCCAACUCAACAGUUUGGGUCAGCAAUCGACAUCUCAGACGAGUCUGAUACGGAGAAUAUGACAGACAACCUUCUUGAUAAUCUGAAUAAAUCUCGUGACAAGCUCAUAGUUGAAGCAAGAACAUCUCUCGAAAUUCCGGUUUUUGGGCGUCCUUUGACUGCAAAUGUUCCUGAGGUAUCUGGAUUCGGAAGACCAUUAGAGACUGGCCUUGAUAACCCUGUCUUUGGCCGAGUUAUUCCUGAAGAUAUAGCAGUUUUUGGGAAACCCUUGCCAGGUGACUCAGAAAGAACAUCAGACGUAGAAGAGAAAGAAGAGGGAGAGUUACGGGAUACUGAUACUGAAACAGUCCUUGAUACAAGAAAGAAGAGAAGAAAAGAAAAAAAGAAGAGAAAGGGUAGACUUAAUCCAGAAAGGAAAAGUGAUAGUAAAGAGGAAUCUGAUUUAUCUACCAGAGAAAACUCCCCAAUACCAGAGAUUAACAUCAAGAAAGAAAAACCGGAUAGUAAAAGAAGGAAAACAGGAUGCAAACCCAAAUCUUUAAAAGAAGAAGUGUUAAAAAUGACGCCUAGAGAAAUCAAACGGUACUUAAAACAUAUAAAGCAUAAAGUUAAGAAAACCAAGAAGAAGAAAGAUGAAAAGGGGGAAAUUUUCCCUGAAUUUGUUAGAGGAGAAAAGGCAGUUUAUUAUUGUAAAAUCUGUAACGAGCAUGUCGGUAGUUUAAAGAAAUGGUUGGAACACCGAAAAGAACUUGGACAUAUUGAAACUUUCGAUAUGGCCAGUGAGGAGGUGAAGAUCAAAUUUAAUCGUCCUGAGAUCGAUCUUCAAGAGUUCAUUAUUUCAAAUCGAAGACUUGACUUCAUUCCUUCAGGACAAUGCAAGGAUUGCUUUAAAAUUUUUGAUCAUGAAAAAGGGUUUAAAAAACACAUGAAAACUGGAAAAUGCCCAACCAUUUCCAAUGAUAGUGAGCAUUUGAAAUCUGAGGAAGAAGAUACAUCUCUCUGUAAUAGAUUUAAGGUAGAUGGAUUAACAAAUAAAAGAAAAUCUUUAAUUUCUAGAAGUAGAUCCCCCAAGGACCAAUCACACUCUCCAGAUUCUCAGCAAAGAAAACAACGGACAAGAUCCGCGACCCCUUUGUAUAAAAAUAGAAAUAAAAGCAAAGAUUCACGUAGUAUACAAGAUGUUUCAGUAAUGCUGCCAAAGUACAUGAUGAAUGGAAAACAGGCAUACUAUUUUUGCAAUAUGUGUCAAAUACCAAUAGGAACUAUCAUACAUUGGGCCGUUCAUAAAGACACAAAGGAACAUCGUCAGAACCAUCAGAGUUGUUUAAAGAGUAGUCAAGGCGUUAAAGUUGUUGAGUUUUCAGUGUCCUCUAUUAUUUGUUCCAAAAAUUACAGAAACUACUGCUUAGCUUGUGACAGUUAUUUACCAGAUAUGCCUUCAUUUACUAAGCAUCUGAGUGAGGAAAAACAUAAAGAACAGGAGAUAAGAAAAGAAAUUAAAGAUGGCAAUGAGCUAAGACAAGGUGGGGAAAGAUUUUUAUCGAUUUACUAUUGCGAUCUUUGUGAAAAAGUUUUUGAAGAAAACCCAAAGAAACACAAGUUAAGCAGCAGACAUUUGAUUCUUGUAGAAGAAACAGAGCAAUGCUACUUCUGUUCUAAGAGGUAUAUCCCGGGUAUGCUCGUAGCUCACAUUGAUGAAUAUCAUGUUAACCAUGUUUUCAAGUGUACUAAUUGUUCUGUUAAGUUUAUCAGUGUGAGUAAAAUGUUGAAGCAUGUAAGAGAUCAUCUGACUUCUGUACAGAGAGACAGCUGCACAGACAAGGAGGUUUUGUCCAUGGAUAUGGUAGAUAUUCCAGAUGAUUUAAGGAAAAUAAUGUGCAGGCUAUGUGACAAGGCCUGUUUUCUAGCCCAAGAUUCUUCAGAUGCAAAACUUCAUGUUUUAAACGAUCAUCUAGAUGUGUUGAAGACACAGGUUCCAAGCAGUCUUGUGUAUGGUUGUAGGGUAUGUGAAGUAGACUUGAAGACAGAAAUUGAAAUGGACAAUCACAUAAAGCUUCAUAAAAUGGAAUUGUGUAAAGGCAGAAAAAGUGUUAAAACUAUUUAUAAAGAAGCUUCUUUGUCUCCAGUUAUUUUAAAGCAUGAUGAUAUGUAUCAUGUUGGUAGGUCUGCUAGGUCUAGAACUAGAUCUGGAGAUAAAUAUUCAAAAACCCGAGGCAAAGAUUAUCGAAAUGUUGAACAGUCAAGAAAAUUAUCUCCCCAGUUCAAAGACAGAAGAUCAAGUUCUCCACAGAAUCGCAGACUUAGCAAUAGAAAAGAUUAUUUUUCUCAGGCACAUCUCAGCCCUGAAAGGCACUCCAGACGACUAGACCACAGCCUGGAUACUCGUAGGUCUGAUGUAGAACAUUAUGUGGGUAGUUACAGUUACAGGGAUAACUCAUGGGUCAUAGACCUGCCAAGUAAAUAUCAAGAGAUAGAUAGUGCUCAUAGAGGAGAGAAGUCUCGAAAACGUGAUUCUGGCUAUAUGGAACAUGAGCAUGCUAUUCUUUGGGAAAAUGAAUAUGUCAGAGAAGAUUGUUACAGAGAUGGUCCUUCCACUAGAAGAAAUGAAAAGAGUUCAGGUAGCAAUAGUGAAAAAUAUCAUGAAGACACCAACAGACAUAGAUAUCAGAAAGGGAAUCGAUCACAAUCUCUUAAAGACCACACAGAAAGUUCUAAAAAACCCUCCAGGAUUCAGUCACCCUCAGCUGUGCCCUCAAGAGAAGUUAGACUUGUUUCAAGGAGCAGGACAAGAUCUAAAUCAAGGUCAAAAUCUCCAAAUAAACCAAGUCCAAAGUCAAAUAGUGGAUUAAAAGAAGCUAUGCAGAAAAAAAUUAGGGAGCAACUUGAAAAAAAUCAAACAAAAGAGACGUUGAAGAAAGAUGACGUUUAUGACCAAAAGCCUAAUAUUCCAGUGAAGAAAAGAUUAGGGGCAUUUAACAUAAACAAAUCAACAGUUGAAUCGUCUGUUGACAGCAGUAACAGCAGCAUUGUACAUACUCAAGUUGAACCGAUGCUCAAAUCACUGCGAGAACAUUGUGAUAAAAACCAAAAGAAUGCUGAAAAGGAGGAAGUGAAGAACAAAAAACUGGCCGAAUCACAACUUCUGAAUCGGUUGAAACGUAAAGCUAAUGAUGAAGACUUACGAAAGGUGAUUGAGGAGAAGAGGGUAAAAAUGUUGGAUAGUCGACCUGAAGGCGUCAAAGAAGAGCAAAUUCAUGUAGAUGAUGCCAGUGACAUUUGUCCUGUCUGCUGGAAACUGUUUCCUGGAAUAAACAAUCUAUUAAAUCACAUGAAGAUCUCACACAUGACGAGUAUGUUUGGAUGCAAACUCUGUCAGACACUUGGUUGGAGUUUGGAGAUACUACUAAAACAUUUGACUGAUACGCAUGACAGAAAUACCGCACUUCCAGAUGCUCUGCAACAUCAUAUAAAGAUUCCUGACAAACUAGACCGUAUUAACUGCAAACUUUGUCUACCUCCAUAUCAGUUGGGAGUAGAAGGGUUCUGGUUAUGCGCUGAUCUUCAAGCAACAAGUAAUCUGCAGAUAGAGAAACAUUUUAUCGAUAUUCACGGUAUUUCUGAUCAGGUUCAAAUUCACUCGAAGCUGGAAUUAACCUGCCGAAUAUGCUGUAUAAACUUCAGUGUGGGACAACGUGCUCAGUGGUGUAAACAUAUUCUGAGUGAUCAUACCAAACUAGAAAAAGCCGCCAAGACCGGAAUAAGGUGUGAGUACUGUGGUGAAGGUGUACUGGAGUCUGAGCGUGGUUGGCACUUGGAGAAUAAGCACGCUAAAGACGUGUUCCUAUGCAGGAUCUGCUCUGCUGCUGAUACUGCUUGUUUUCCAUCUGCAGAUUCACUCAAGGAGAUCAUGCAGCAUAUGGUAAUGAAGCAUGGUAACCAGUAUGAAUCCUUUUAUGAUCAUAUGACCUACCCAGUUGACCUAUACCGAACCUGCUGCAGUGUAGGGGACUGUGGAUCAAAUGGAAAAUAUCUCAGUGCUGAUCCAAUGCUAGUUCAGACUCAUAUCAGCGAAAAUCACAGUGAACUAGUCCCUCCACCUAAUAUCGUCUACCUUUGUCGUUGUUGUGACAAGCCAGACCUAAAGUUUGAGAAUGUGGAGGGUGUAGCAGCACAUAUAGCAAAGCGGCACAAGCAAAUAUUAAAAUGGAAACUUGAAAAUGGAAACAACUAGAAGAAAUUUUUAUUUUAUUCGUGAUCGUUCUUGAAGCUGUGAUUUCUUUUUUAUCUGUUUCUUGAAAUUAUUUUACCCAAAUCAAAGAGAUCAGGCCGGCUUUUAGAAUUAGGUUCCAAAUACUUAAUUUCUAUAGUAUUUUCUAAUCUGAUUGAUAUGAUUAUUUUUUACCAAUCUGUAAAUUUAUACUAAAAUUUUGUUUUCCAGAA